AUGGUAAAGACGCAGAUAUGGGAAAAACUCCAAUAUAGGAAUAACGCAAAUAUUGGAAAAACACAAAUAUUGGAAAUACAAAUAUGGGAAAAACGCAAAUAUGGGAAAAAGUCAAAUAUGGGAAAAAUGCAAAUAUGGGAAAAACACAUGUAUGGGAAAAACGCAAAUAUGGGAAAAACACAAAUAUCGGAAAAACGCAAAUAUGAAAAAACGCAAAUAUGGGAAAAACGCAAAUAUGUGAAAAACCCAAAUAUGGGGAAAACAAAAUAUGGGAAAGAUGCAAAUGUGGCAAAAACUAAAUAUGGGAAAUAUGCAAAUAUGGGAAAAACGCAAAUAUGGACAAACACAAAUAUGGGGAAACUAAAGUGUAGGAAAGACUCAAAUAUGGGAAAAACAAAAAUAAGGGACAAACGCAAAUAUGGGACAACUGGAAAUAUGGGAUAA